AUGUGAAAGGUCUGGAUUAGAGUAUAUUUGAGAUAUGAAAAAUUUAUAUAAUUAAUCGUUUCACGAUUUAUUUCUGUAUACUUCUUUUGUGUGGCAUAACUUUUAAGUGAUUGUGCAGUAAGUAAAAUUCGUGAUGAAUGUAGUUACAAGUUCUUAAAGUUUGGACUGUGCCCAAUAGUGAAGACAGUGAGGAAAAAAGAGAAAAUCUAUGAAGAGACCUAAAUUUGUUUACUGCAAAAUAAAGUUUGUCGAUCUGUGUUUUCAUAAUAUCAACAGAAGUUUAUCCCUUUUUCAGUGAGGACUGGUUUUUUUCUCUAAAGGACAGUGUUUGGUGGUAUUAACGAAAUUGAGCUCUGAGUAUGUGUCCAGUGAAAUGUAAAAAAAAAAAAAGAAAAGUGAUUGUGCUCCGUAUUCCGGUAUGGAGGAGAACAUCCGAUUAUCCAAAACGACGUCCGAAGGGUAUAUUUUUAUAUUUCUUUCAGACAUCGGACGGGAGAAAGGAGCGUCCCUGCCAUACUUGAAUGCGAUUGAAGGAGGCUGUUUAUUCAUAUACAAUUGUCGCCUGUACGGGAAAAGGAGAGCGAUGACCGUUUGUGACGUUUUUUGGUGUUUUCUGUGGCUUGUGGAUUCUCCCAGAGAAGCAGAUAGAAGGUCGCGAAUUAAACUUUCCAGGGACUUUAAACUUCGCGUCGUUGUCGAAAUUAUCCGCGCGAUAAAGAAUAGCUGUGUCGUCUGCUCGACGUAACAAAAUUGUGCAUCUGGAUGUAGUAUCGCGGAAGGGAGAACUAUAAUGAGAAAGAAUAAGAACUGUAGGAAUAAAAAGACACAGUGACGGGCGAGAGUCUAAAGAAAUCCAUAUUUUCUCUCGAUUCUGUGUGUGGGGCAAGUCAAAGUGAGUUCGUUCCAUCAGUGGUUUAAUACCCGACUCCGAUUUGCGUCAAGUGCUGUGCUGCCUUUUGCUCGCAAAUCU